AUGGAAAGUCAUCGCAAAGGCCCGAAGACUAAGCUCAAGGGCUCCCGGUCAAAGUCGGCCAACCAGGAUGCGGCUGCCUCCGAACGAAGCACAGAGCAGCCCGCCAAGGACCGCCAAAUGGUCCCCUUCUUCGGCGACGGUGAAAUCGACAACACGGCGUGCGUCGCGCUGAAAAAAGGCUACACUGGACCGCCGCGACGCCGUAGAAGGUCACGUAUGCCCUCCACCCAGGAUUCUCCGUUACCGCUGCCCAAUGGGCGCGAGGUGGGCGUCAGCUCGCUGCCAAUAGGGCAGUUGUCCCUUCACACGACCAAAGGCUCCCCGAUCAAUGUCGACCUGGCGCACCUGAAAACUGCGGGCGUCAGCGUUUCAAGAAAUGCAACCAUAGUAGACCUUAGUGACAAAAUGUCCGACCACAAAAACGACAGAAACUCCGAAAAACUCGGGUCCACCUGCACCAUAUUGUCCUCCGUCGAGACCACCUGUGGCCCCGAGUAUGAGUCGUGUAACGAACUUCUGGAUACCUCGGGGUCGUGCUCCGACGUCGUCGUCAACCCUUCCAACGACGGUCGCGCCAAUCCACAAGGCGGCGCGUCCCGGUCAACGCAAGACAAGGCGAAGCAGCUUAUCAACAUGCUCCGCGCCUGUACGGGCAAGAAGAAAGAUACCCGCGCCAGCAAGAAAGUAACACCUCCAGAAAAAACGAAAGCGAAAACCGGCAAAGCAACUGCUUAUGUGGUUCCAAGGUACCUCUGCUCCCCCGACCCUUCAAGCAUCCCCCUCCCGGGACUAGGUUAG